UUGACGCUCAUUCUGAAACUGAAGCGAACGCGGCAUCCCAUGUGCAGAAAAAAGGGAAUCCUUCAAAAUCAAAGCAAAGAAACAACUUUUUUAUUCACAGUGAAAAACGUGACAUGGUACAAUAAUGGCUGCUGAGAUCUUACCAAUUACUGCUCGUCUUCAUGUGUCUCAACUACCCUUUGACGUCACUGAAGAUAGACUGAAGGCGAGGUUUGGAAAGUAUGGGCGAGUCUACGAGGUGUGUGUAAGAAAAGGAUUUGCCUUUGUACAGCUAGGCACUGAGGAAGAGGCAGACAGAGCAAUAUUGAAUGAAAAUGGAUCUCUGUUUGAGGGUAGAAAAUUAUGGGUUUCAUUGACCAACAAAUCACGAUUUGGUAAAGCGAUCAAUUCUGAUGGUAACUACAAUGGAGGAGGACGAGAGAAAGAUCCGUAUGACACUAUGGACAGGGAAAUGGGUCGAUACGGUGACAGGGAUCUCACUCCCUCACGGCCGAGAGAACGCUCGCCUCUUCGUGACCGCUACAGCGAUCGAUAUCUUGAUCGAUACGAUGAUCCCUUGAGUGACCCGUAUGAAAGAGAUCUAAGGAAACGAGAUCGGUAUUACGAUGAACGCUUACCACCAAGCAGAGAUCGUUACGAAGAUCGCUUGUUACCGGAGGAUGAUUACAGACGAGAUAUUGCAUUCCGAGACAGAGAGAGGCUGCCAGAGAGGGAGAGGGAGAGAGAUAGGUUGGAUAGAGACAGAGAUAGGUUGGAUAGAGACAGACGAGAUUCUCUUGAACGACCAAGGCGUGAUAUUCCAGAGCGAGAGAAAGAUUUGAGGGACCAUUAUGACAGGAGACCACCACUCCAUGGUCGCUCCUCUGAACCAGCCCCUCGUCUGGCGUCUCCUGGACCUGCCAGUGCCCCCCUGCCACUAGAUGAUAAACCGAUUGACUGUGAGAUACUCUUACUGGGAAAGCACCUCCGGGACUACGCUGAUUUGGUAGAGCGCCGUCUGAAGGGGAUAGCCCUUAACACAGGUCUGCUCCUUAUCUCUGUUGAGGCUUCACUGCCGCAAGCCCUGGAGGACGUGACUAGACGCAAGGUUCUCUACGCUAUCAUUCUUACCUCUCAGAAUGAAGUACAUCGAUCUGUCACUCUCAACAUCCUGCACGGGAGCCCACAGGAACACAGAAAUAUGCCACUAGAAGAUGCACUGUCGCUAGUCGAACGAAACUACACAAAUUAUCUUCAAGAUCGUUCUGCUCCAGCCAAACUGCCCCCCAAAUCGGCGCUCCCUGUAGCGUCCACACACACAGCUCUUGCCCCACACACCCUGCCCCCUCUUCCCAGCGAACCGACCCAACCACGUAUCCAGCCCCCUCUAUCCUCUGCGGCUACCCCGGCCUCCGGUCAGACGUCGCCCGCUGCCAUGGUCAUUCCAAACGUGGAACUGACCAUUCCGCAGUUGAUCAACCUGUUGGCUGAUCGUAAGCAGCUGACCAUACAAGAGAUGGAUCGGGUGAUCGGUCACUUACAGGCUGUACGGAGGAAAAUGGCCGUUGAGCAAGGUGUUGAAACUGACCCUGUCCAGAUGCAGAGCAACCAGCCUAAACAGAUGAUUGACAACCCAGUACAACAAGCCCCGGUAGACACUAAACAUAACGAACUAUCGGCCAAGAUCCUGAGUAUCAUUCACCCUGGUCCUGGCGGCUCAGCCUCAACCACAUCCGCUAAGACCGCCCCGAUAAUGAGUAGCAUGCCUAGUGCGCCCAAGAUCGGAUUUAACCAAUCCCCAAGUGCACCACCACCCCCUCCCCCUCGUCCUGUGGCUGGUACCCCCCUUCCAUUUUCCUACGGUGGAAGUCUCUCUACGAUGAGUAGUGCCCCCGCAGCUAGCAAGGCUCCCCCAGCAGCAACAAACAAAAACAUUAACCUAGACAGUCCGAAUGUUCAGAAGGCGUUAGAUAACCUUAUCCAAUCUGGUCCCACAAUGCUGAAGCAGCUAGCUACUUCUAGUAACAUGACAAAUAGCAUCAACACCAUGAGUAAAACCCAGGCUAGUAACAACGCCAUUCUUGACCUUAAGAAUGCAGUUAGUGGUAGAAAGCCUACUGGUCCUAAUAAAGAACAUAUUGAGGCUCAGUUGAGGGCAGCACAGACAGCAGCUCUUCAGACUCUUCAGCAACAACAGCAGAAACAGCAGCAGAACACGCAGCAGAACACGCAGCAGAACCAGCAACCGAACCAGCAACCGAACCUGCAACCGAACCUGCAAUCGAACCUGCAACCGAACCUGCAACCAAACCCACAGAUGCAGCAGCAGGCUGUUUUAGCAGUUCAGGCCCACAUCGCACAACAGGCUCAACAGAAGAAAACACCCCAAAAUCCUGCUCAGAGUCCCCAGCAGCUGCAGCAACAGCUGCAGCAGCAGCAGUUAUAUGCUCAGCAAUAUGCUCAGCAGCAAGCUCAGUAUGCUCAGUAUCAGCAGCAGCAGGCCCAGUACCUGCAGCAGCAGGCCCAGUACCAACAGCAGCAGGGACAACCACAGCAGCAACAUCCCCAGAUGCAAGGUCAGGGUAUGGGACCUCGAGCGAUGGGCUCUCAACCAAAUGUUGGUCAGACCAUGCCAUCCGCAAACAUGGGUGCUGGUGCGGCGGGUGGCAAUGCUAUGAUGCAAGGUGGUGCUGGCUGGCCUCCUAAUCAAUCUAUGUCUCAGCAACAGAAGCAGUCAACCUCUUAUCAACAGAAUCAGAAUCAGGCAAAAGGGGGUAACUCUAAACCCCAGCAGUCUUACCGCUGGCAGAACCAGCCCGGACCCCCAGGUACAUAGACAGCCGAUGCCUUCCUGCAUCCAUCAUGAUAUCUGAGAGCACCUGGAUUCAGCAGAUCAAACUUUUGGCAGUUAGUUACCAGGCCUGAUACUUCACAGAGGCAAUGGAGGGUGAUUGCCUACAUGCCCCCUCGGGCCAUUGCCUUGGUGCCCUUGAAAUGCUCCAGUAGAAAUUUUAACUUUCCACAUAGGGUGCCCUUUACCAAGGAGAAAAUGCCUUGAUGCCUCUACACCAUCAAAAAUGAAGCAUACAGGCCUGUAGCUACCCUCGCCACAUCUGAUCAAGUAUCUUGUAGAUUGUAUGAACUGUCUUAUUGAAGUUGAUGUGUAAAUAAGUGUUUACUCUUGACACCCAUUCUUUGUAGAACUAUAACUUAUCAGAGAAUGGUGUCAUCUUUUCAUUCCUUUGACUCAAGUACAUCUUUACCAUGUUGCAGCCUUCUUGUUUCUUUCCUUAUAAAAUAAAUUCCCAAACCGAGGCAGGAUAAAACAAUUAGUCUGGUCCCGCUUAUGUGUGAUUGGAAUCAGCAUGCGCCUUUUAGAAUGUGAGCAGGGAAUCUGACAAGGAUGGUGAAAGCAUGACAAAGGUUUACCGGGUCUCCACAAAGAAACUUUAGCUGCAGUAUUUUUCUGAGCACAAUUAUUGGUGAGGAAUGUUCUAAAAUCAUCUGUGAUUGAAUAAUCUUUAUAGACUUUGUUGGAAAUUCAUACUUCCCUUGAUCAUUGUAAACUGCAAACACCUAAUCUUUCUUAUGGUUUAUUUUUAAAAGUAGCUGGCAAUUAUUUAGUGUAUAGUGUUCAUUCAUUGUUCUUUUUUUUACAUACAGCUUUGAAAACUAUUCUUCUGAAGUGGAUGUUUAAAGAAAAUCAUUAAAAGCCACUGUUAUUCAUAUUGAGGUAAAAUUUAUAACAAUUCAUCUGUUAAAAAAUUGUGAUCAGUGUGUAAUUUUUAAAUAAGUGUUUAAAGUUAAGAUUUCCUGUUCGAAAAUGACAUGUGGAACACCCGGGUUCGUUUUGCAAAACAAUUAGCAGCUUGAAAGCGUGUACAUGUGGAUGGGAUGAGAUGUUAGUACUGUCAUCGGCUAUUCCGGUUUGUUGACCUAAAAGUAAAUUAAUUCUGGAUACAAAAUUGAGCACCAAUGAUGGCGAUUUGUUGUUAAUCGAAUAACCAGUUAAACCAACUAUUGCAGACGGCUAAUCGUUUAGUGAGUUUUUACACACCAGCACGACUCGUGUUUUAGGAACAUUUUGUACUUUUACAAAAGCUGUGAAUAUUGUGAUCGUUUAUCAAAGUAAACAUUUCAAGUUAGAAGUAGUUUAGUUAUUGACCUGUAGGCUUAGUUUAAUCCGCUCAUAUAAUUUGCUCAUUAUUUUGAUAUGCAUGAUAGGCAGAAUACUCAAUAAGAAGAAGCUAAAAAUCCUUUCAGUUCUGCAAGGUUCCAUCAUUGGUCCAUUCUUUAUAAAUCCUAAACUAAUGCAUGUAUCUUAACUGUUUGGUAGAUUUCUCUGCACAGUUCAUUGUGUAGUUAAGGUAAUCUCCUUGUAUUACUUUUUCAAAAGUCUACUUUGUAUUGAUGCUUCGGAAUUGUUAACAAACAAAUAAUUGUUUAUGUACACAAUAAUCACUUUAUGCAGUAAACCGCAACGGAGACUAUGUAAAAUUCCUAUUGUGGUCAACAAUAAACUUGUAGAGUCGUGGUAAUGAGAAACUUAAA